AUGGAAUCCGAAAUGUGCAACUUGAGCGAGAUGUGGUCUAAGAAGAUGCCCAAAGGACUGGGACUGGAGAUUUCCCAUAAGCCUCCCUCCAUGAGGCACGUUGCCAACCUGAUCAUCGCCAUCGAGAGGCUGAAGUCCGGCAUACCAGAGAUGGUGCUGAGCACCGACUUCAGGGAUGAAAACCUGCUCAACAUCAUGAUGGAGAGCAUCAUAGAAGAGAAACUCAUUUUGGAGACCUUCGCAGCUCCACCUGACUUCAGGAGAGGUGUGGAGUACGUCUGCAGUGUGGCUGACACCCACCAACGGAGUCUGAUUCUAAUCCAAGACAUCAUGGAGCUCCAAGCAGUGAUGCUGCCCGGAGGCAAUGAAAACCGCAAAAUUUUCCUGAACAUGACGACUUACGCGCGCCCUCCACCCAGCACCCAGGCCCAGCCCGUCACUCUGGGCAUCAAAGACACAAACCUUUACCUGACCUGCCGCAAAAAGGAUGGCACACCGACUCUGUACCUGGAGGAAGUGAAGAACAAAAGCAGUCUUGAGAAAAUCAGCUCAGAAAGUGAGAUGCAGCGGUUCCUCUUCUACAAACACGACACGGGACUGAACAUCAGCACUCUCAUGUCUGCUUACUUCCCCGACUGGUACAUCAGCACGUCAACAGCGGACAAGAAGCCAGUGGAAAUGUGCCAGGAGUCCGCCACUCGGUACAGAACCUUCAAAAUUCAGAGUCAAAUUUAA